CAUCCUCAUUAUCCUUCUUCCGCCUCCUCCUCCUCGCGACGUAAUCAGCAAGCGACUCCAGCGCGCGCCAUCACGUUGCGUGGACGCGAAGCGGCCGGACUCAGCUCUGAGGGCUUCGGCGCGAGGCGGCAACGUGCGGCUUGAAAACGGAGCACCGUGAGCCGCUGGGCAUGGCGGAGGAGGAGGAGGUGAAGGCCGGCGUGGAAGUAAAGGCCGACAUGGAGGUGUGGCACGCCACAUUCACCGUGGAAGGCAUGACGUGCCAGUCGUGCGUGCAGAGCAUCACCCAGGUGCUCACGGAUCUGCCCGGGAUCUACAGCGUACAGGUGUCUUUGGAGAAUAAGAGCGCUUCAGUUCUGUACGACCCGGCACUUCAUACCCCGAACUCUCUGAAAAACAGCAUUGAGGACAUUGGCUUCGAGGCAGCUCACAGGGGAGCAGUCACCGUCAUGAUGCUGGAAGUCGCCGACAUUGACAUUGUGGGCAUGACCUGUCAGUCGUGUGUGCAGAGCAUAGAGGGGAAAAUGUCAAAGCUCAAGGGAGUGCUGAGCUUCAGCGUGUGCUUGCAGAAAAACAAUGCCACGGUCGCAUUCAUUCCGGGGGUCAUAAGCAUGCAGAAGCUGUGCGACGAAAUCGACGACAUGGGAUUCGAGGCGCGCCCCGUCGAUCGGAAGCCUGCCACGGACACCGCGGAAGAGGGCAGAUCAACCGAGGAUAUGGUGAAAAUGAGACUCGAAGGAUUGAUUGGGCAAUCCGCGGUGAAUGCACUGGAGGGGAAGUUGAGCAAGUUGAAUGGUGUCCUGCGCGUGAAGGUUAACCUGUCCAGCCAGGAGGUGGUCGUGUGGUUCCAGAAGCUCGCCAUCAGCGUCGACGACAUCCAAAACCAGAUCGCCGAAUGUGGUUUGCAAACCACCGUGAGGUCGCGUCCGAAGCAGCUGAGGUUGUCGCCGCAGGCCGUGCAGAAACUGCAGGAGAUGAACGGCUCUGUGUGCCAUUUUAAAGAAGCCAAGCCAACGUCGCUAGGCCUAGGGAAGUGUCCGAACGUCGUCAUAAGCGUCGAGGGGAUGCACUGCAAGUCGUGCGUCUUUAACAUCGAAAGCAACAUCGGCCAGUUGCCCGGAGUGCACAGCAUCGUGGUUUCUCUCGAGACAAAGUCGGCUGCGGUGAGCUACAGCCCGGAGGACAUCUCCCCCGCGGCUCUGUGCCAGGCCAUCGAGGCACUUCCACCCGGCAUCUUUCAAGCGAGCGUUUCGCCAACGUCGGCGAAGGCGGUGGCUUCCACCCCUCCUCCCCCGCUGAGCAGCGUCGUGGUGCUGCGCGUGGAGCGCAUGGAGAGCUCCGCUGGCGUCCUCGCCGUGGAGCGCGCCCUGCUGGAGUGCCCCGGCGUGAAAACGGCGCGCGCCUCGCUCGUCGACGGCACCGCCACCGUGCACUAUGACCCCCGCGGCGCCAGCCCCGCCGCGCUCUGCGCCAGCGUCACCAGCAAGGGCUUCAAGGCUUCCCUGCUCGAUGGCAGCGAUGCCAAGUCACGGGCAAACCACGCGCAGUUUCUACUGGAGGGCUCGGCUACUCCCUCGCUCAACGGCAGCAGGCCGGGCUGGCACGCGCCCACCACCAGCGGCGGCAAGGGGUCCAUGCAGCUCGUGCCCACCGAGGAAGAGGCAGCGGUGGCAUCGGCGAAGGAAGAGGAGGCCAAGUGCUUCCUGAUGGUCACGGGCAUGACUUGCGCCUCGUGCGUGGCAAACAUCGAGCGCGUGCUCGGCAGAAGGCGCGGUGUUCAGUCGGUGCUGGUGUCGCUCAUGGCCGGCAAGGCGGAGGUGCGCUACCACCCGGCCUCCGUGGCGCCGGAGGAGAUCGCGGAGAGCGUGCGAGACAUGGGCUUUGGGGCGACGCUCCUCGAUGACCAGGACAUCGCGCCGGGCUGCCUGGAGCUCGUGGUCCAGGGCAUGCGGUCGGCGUCGUGCGCUCACGCCAUCGAGUCGGCGCUCAUGCAGUGCCACGGCGUCACGAGCGCCUCCGUGGCGCUCGCCACAAACCGGGCGCACGUGGAGUUCGACCCCGACCAGAUCGGCCCGCGGGACAUCAUCAAGGCCGUCCAGAAUGCCGGGUUCCUCGCCGUCCACCUGAAGAGAGACCGCACUGGGAACCACCUCGACCACUCGGACAAGAUUCACCAGUGGCGAAGGUCAUUCUUCUUCAGCCUGAUAAUUGUGGUACCUACCAUGGGGAUGAUGAUUUACAUGAUGGUGACAGAACGUCACCACGAGGGCCACCACACCGGCAUAUUGGCCAAGCACAUCGUGCCGGGGCUCUCUCUGAUGAACCUGGCUGCCUUCGUGUUGUGCACCCCAGUGCAGUUCAUCGGCGGCUGGUACUUCUACAAGCAGGCCUACGGGGCCCUGCGUCACGGCACGGCCAACAUGGACGUGCUGAUCGUGCUGGCGACCACCGUGGCGUACGCCUACUCCUGCGUGGUUCUCUUCGUGGCAAUGGGGGAGCAGGCGAUGGUCAGCCCCAUCACGUUCUUCGAUACGCCGCCCAUGCUCUUCGUGUUCGUGUCGCUCGGCCGCUGGCUCGAGCACAUCGCCAAGAGCAAAACCUCGGAGGCGCUCGUCAAGCUGAUGUCCCUUCAGGCUGCAGAGGCCACGGUGGUGAAGUACGGACUCGGUAACGACAUCAUCGGAGAGGAGCAGGUGGACGUGGACCUGGUGCACCGGGGGGACGUGGUGCGAGUGCUGCCCGGAGGGAAGUUCCCGGUCGACGGGAAGGUCAUCGAGGGGCAGUCCCUCGCCGACGAGUCUCUCAUCACCGGUGAGGCGAUGCCAGUGAUGAAAAAGCCGGGGAGCCUGGUGAUCGCUGGCUCCAUCAACCAGAACGGCGGCCUGCUGGUGAAGGCCACUCACGUGGGAGCGGACACAACGCUGUCCCAAAUUGUGCGGCUGGUGGAGGAGGCGCAGACUUCCAAGGCACCUAUUCAGCAGUUCGCCGACAAGAUCAGCGGCUACUUUGUGCCGUUCAUCGUGGGCGUUUCCGUGGUGACCCUGCUCUCCUGGGUCACCAUCGGCUACGUGGAUUUCAGCAUCGCUAAGAAAUACUUUCCGGAGUACGAUCCGAGGCUGUCGCACGGCGAGGUGGUCUGGCGCCUCGCCUUCCAGGCGGCCAUCACGGUCCUGUGCAUCGCGUGCCCCUGCUCGCUGGGCCUGGCCACCCCCACGGCCGUCAUGGUCGGCACGGGGGUCGGAGCGCAGCUGGGCAUCCUCAUCAAAGGCGGCGAGCCCCUGGAGAUGGCUCACAAGGUGCGCACGGUGGUGUUUGACAAGACGGGCACGAUCACGCAUGGCAUCCCGAAGGUGAUGCGCGUGUCCAUCCUGGAGGAGCACGUGAAGCUGCCCCUCCGCACGUUCCUCGCGGUGGUGGGCACAGCGGAGGCAAGCAGCGAGCACCCGCUGGGCUCUGCCGUCGCCAAGUACUGUCGGCAGAGCCUCGGCACCGAAAGCCUGGGAUCGUGCGCCGACUUCCAGGCCAUCCCUGGGUGCGGGAUCAGCUGCCGCGUGUCCGACGUGGAGGCCGUGCUGGCCUCGUCUAAGCAGGGCCUGGCCGCCGGCAACUCGGCGGCGGCGGCGGCGGCGGCGAGGACCGACGGCUUUCCGCUGCUGGUGGACAUCGCCGACGGCGGACCCGCGGGCUCCCAGGCCAUCUCCAGCACCGAUUUGGGGGCUGGACCAGCAGCAACCUCGGGGCAAGAAUACGCGGUUCUGAUUGGAAACCGCGAGUGGAUGAACCGGAAUGCGCUGCUGGUCGCGGAGCCCGUCGACAAGGCCAUGGCUGAGCACGAGGAGAAGGGCCAGACCGCCGUCUUGGUCGCCAUCAACGGCAAGCUGUGCGGCAUGCUGGCCAUCGCGGACACGGUGAAGCCCGAGGCCGCGCUUGCCGUCCGCACGCUCGCCGACAUGGGCCUCCAGGUGGUGCUCAUGACGGGCGACAACAGGAAGACGGCACAAGCGAUCGCCGCCCAGGUGGGCAUCAGGCGCGUGUUUGCAGAGGUGCUGCCCUCGCACAAGGUGGCCAAGGUGGAGCAGCUGCAAGAGAGCGGACAGACGGUGGCGAUGGUGGGCGACGGCGUCAACGACUCGCCGGCACUCGCCCGCUCCGACGUGGGCAUCGCGCUCGGCACCGGCACCGACGUUGCCAUCGAGGCGGCGGACAUUGUCCUCAUCCGCAACGACCUGCUGGACGUCGUUGCCAGCAUUCACCUCUCCAAGAAGACGGUGCGACGCAUCCACAUCAACUUCGUGUUCGCCCUCAUCUACAACGUCGUCGGGAUCCCCAUUGCUGCAGGGGUGUUCAUGCCGGCGGGGCUGGUGCUGCAACCGUGGAUGGCGGCCGCAGCGAUGGCUGCCUCGUCCGUGUCUGUUGUGCUCUCGUCGCUGAUGCUCAAGAGGUACAAGAAGCCGAGCCGCCCGCGCCUGGAGGCGCAGACCCGGGGCCGCGUGCGCGGGUGCAGCCUCUCGGAGGUGAGCGUCGCCGUGGGCAUGGGAGACCGUCCCGCCUGGGUGGACGGGCGCACGUCCCCGAAGCUGGGCGUCUGGGACCGCGUCAAGUUCAUCAGCCAGACGUCCAUCGCGUCGCUCACCGCGGACAAGCGCAUGGCCGGCGGCGGCACCGCCGCCGGCCUCUCGGUGCAGCUGCUCGACCGGCACUCGCUGCUCGGCGACGGCGGCGGCGGCAGCGGCGGCUCGCACCACGAAUUCACGACCGACGUGUGAACGGCGGCGAGACUGGUGGGACUUGACCGUCGUCGGCCGCCGCGGGCGAUCGCCGCGCUCUCGCCUGUGCCGGGGAGAGAGCCCGUCGUCGCGUGAAGCCUCCACCCGCCGCGCCUCCCUCCCUCCCUCCCUCCCUCCC